UCUCGUGUGUGGACAGUGGAUUUCUUCUUCCUCUUUUUUUUUUUUUUUUGUUCCUUUUCUCAUUCGUUCAUUCGUUCGUUCGGAGAAUUAUUUCGAUGGGAGGGGAGAAGAAGUGAGUUUAAUCAACGAUCAUAGAUUGUUAACGAUAGAUCGAGGAGGAGGGAGUGAUCGAUAAGAGAGCAUGAGAGGAAAUCGUGAUGAUUAACCAAGAUUCCGUAAGAGAGAGAUGAUUGUCGGCGAUAAAGUGGAGUGCGUCACCGCGAGCCGUCAUCCUUGAGAUACAGGCCUCGUCGAGUGACGGAACGAGGGAAGAAGAAGAAGAAGAAGAAGAAGAAGAGGAGGAGGAGGAGGAAGAAAAAAAACCCUCGUUAUCGUUGUGGAAACAAAACUAUUAGCGUAAGAUAGCGCUGAAAUUCGCGCGGAGCAUUCGUGUGCUCGUGACAGUUGCCUCGUGAAAAUAAUGUCGGAAGACGAGCACUCUUCUCGCGUAAUCUCGUUCCGUUGCUUUCAAACGUUCAACAUCGACUUCGAUUAACACAUUUCCUCCUCAUCGAAAAUCGAGAGACGAUAUUACAUCCGUUUAUUCGUGAGGAAUGGAUAUAUCGGAAUGAGGAGGAAUUUGAGGAAAGCGAGAGCCUCGAGAAGAGAUCGAACGUGCGUCGAGUUGUGCCCAUGAAGCGAUCACGAUGGAACCGCGUGGGAUGAUGAUGUCGAACCUGUCGUGCGACGGGUGCGCGGACAGCGACCGAGAUUCCGACAGCAGCAGCAUGAUCGUGGACCCGGUGAGUUUGGACAAGAACGACCUGUCGCCGUCCCAGUCGUCGUCAAGCCCCAUAAUACCAAGCUCGCCCGUUCCACCGACCACCACGUCCUCCCGUAACCGUGGGGGGAGUCGCAGCAAGAAGAGCUACUCGAUGAUGUCGGGCGGGAACGGGCAGCAAAAGAGCAACGCGUCCGGCCAGGCUCCAUCCUCCUACGGGAACGACAAGAUGUCCUCGUCCCUGAUCAAACCCCCCUACUCCUACAUAGCCCUGAUCACAAUGGCUAUCCUCCAAUCGCCCCAGAAGAAGUUGACGUUGAGCGGUAUAUGCGAGUUCAUCAUGUCGCGAUUCCCUUACUACCACGACAAGUUCCCUGCAUGGCAGAACUCGAUCAGACACAAUUUGUCGUUGAACGACUGCUUCAUCAAGAUACCAAGGGAGCCGGGCAACCCGGGCAAAGGUAAUUACUGGACGUUGGAUCCCCUGGCCGAGGACAUGUUCGACAACGGGAGCUUCCUGCGCCGUAGGAAGAGGUACAAGAGGCCCCCGCCGCACUACGUGCUAAGAGACAGAGCGAUCAUGGCCACGUUCGCCAUUUGCGGGGACCGAGGGCCCUGUCCGGGCGGGGGUGGCGGUCAUCCCGGGGCACUCGCCUAUCCAAGCGCCGCGUACCUGUCCCCGCCGCCCGGCCUCCCCCUGCUCGACUUCUCGCCCUCGACCUUGGAGGCACUGAAGCUCGGCGGCUUCCUGGAACCGCCGCCACCCUUGUACAAACCUGUGCCGAUCACCGCACCCCCGAUCAGGCAGAUCGAUCCCGCCCCGACGAGGACCACCGCGAUACCGAGCGGACAUCCGCCUGCCGAGAAGAAGAGGAACUUCAGUAUCGACGCUCUGAUAGGUAAACAGGUGGCCAACGAUCAGAAUUGCGGCGGUUUGCUGGAUCUAAGCCCGUCGGAGCACAGGGAGAUCAGGAGCCAGGCGUCGGCGUUCUCCCCUCUGGUUUAGAGGAUCCUGUUGCGGAUUUCCUUCCGGGGGAUGUCUUACGUCGAAAAAAAAAGGAAAGAAAAACUGGGGGAAUCUCGGUUUUUCCAAACGAACGAGGAAAGAGGUUCGAAAACUUCUUUUUUUUUUGGAGGAUCCGAGAUGAGAAGGAAGAGAGAGAGGGGAUCGAAAGGAUUGAAUCGAAGGAAGAAAGAUGAGGAGGGUGAACGAGGGAGCUGGAUGUACUGGUGAAAAUCACCCGGUUUCCAGAGAUCACGGGGAAAGGAGAAAAAAAAGGAAGAAAGAAAAGAGGAAGUGACUAGUUUGAGGAAAUGAGGAAGAACGAUGAAAAGGAUAGGGGCGAUGGAGCGGGCCCAAAGAAAAAAAAUUUCGAUUCUUCGAUUAAGUGUAUAGAACGACGAAGAAACGGAGGAGGAGGAGGAGGAGAAAAGGAGAAGAAAAGAGACGCGACGAGGAGUCGAGUAAUUGUAAAAAGGUGUAGUGCAAUAGUGUAGUGGUUGGGUUUAAGUGGGAGAAGAGGAAGAAGAGGAAGAAGAAGAAGAAAAAGAAGGAGAAGAAGAAGAAGAAAAAAAGCAACCCUUCGUUGUGUCGAACUGAUCAUCCUUAGCUGCUAUCAUCUCCAACAAUCGAUUCCUCUCGACGAAUCGAACUUAAUAAUUUUCCAAUCCCUCCCCCCCACGUUAUUUUUCUUCCAUUCUUAGCAAGGAAAAGAAUAGAGCUUUUUUGCGCGUGUUGCCUCGUUUUGUAAACGAUCGAUUAAUAUAUACGCCACUGUAAAUAUACACGCAAUACACACACAUACGUACAUAUACGCAAAUUUAUACAUACGCAUAAAGACAUACAUACGCACACACAUCCCGAACAAAUCUUUGCUCAGCUUUUUAUUGUUUGCGAGUGAGAGGAAAGGAGAGAAUGCGCGCGAGUGAAAGGGACAGAGAGGGUGGCGGAGAAACGAUGGAGAAGGGGAGGUCAGUUCUCUUCAUCGGAUUUAAAUGUAAAGCUCGGCCGGAUUUUCGGUCAAGUAGACGUUUCAGUGUACAUAGACGUUGUACGUGGAAAAAGAUUAAAAAAAAAAAAAAAAAAAAAAAAAGAAAGAAAGAAAGAAAAAAAACAUAAGAACAUUCGGGUUCCACGAUAUCGGAACACGUAUGUAUACGUAUGGGGGGUAAGGGGAUGUUUUGAUAGCGAGGGGACGGGACACGCGUGAAUGGAUGAUCCUGCAACAAGAUAUUUCGUCUUAUUGGUUUUUAUUCAUUUUGUUCGCCUCACGAAAUUUGAAGACGAAUGGCGCGAGCUUGCAAUGGAAUCCAUUUUGUUUCCUUGUUUUAUUUAUUUAUAGUUACGAUCUUUUGAAACGGUGAAAUUUUGAAACGACUUGAUAUAUUGUUCGAGAUUUUAGAUUUUAGUUGGAAAAUUUGGAAUGGUUAAUUUAAAAAAAAAAUGGAAAAACUAUUCAUCGUUCUUGAUUGAGAACAGAAACGAAGAGGAAAAAGAGAAAUAUAGAAAAAUUUUUAUCGUAAGUAACAUUUCACAAAAUUUGUCUCUUAUGAUUAAAAAAUAAUCGAUAUCAAAAAUAGUAAAGAUAAUUAUCUUUACGAUAUAAUUUAUUUAGCCAUUUAUUUUCCAUCAAUUUAAUAAUUAGAAGAUUAGUUCUAGUGUACUUCGCGCUUUGACGUUUUGAGGUUUUAAAUGGCUUGAUGGAGUUGAUCUUUUUAUUAUGUUAUUUUUAUCGUUUGUAUAUUUCUUCUUUUACGACUGGUUUAAUUGUUGAAAUGAUUCUGAAUUAUGAUUUUAUUAUUAAUAUCUUGAACAAUGUAUAAAGUGCGUAAUCUCAAUUUCGAUAAUGGAUAAUAAAAUUUUAAUUUUGAGAAUUAAUUAUAUCGUGUAAAAUCAAAGAUCAAGAAAAUACGUAACAAUUUACAAUUUUGUUUGAAUAUUAUCAUUAUAUUGUUAGUAUUAUCAAUUUUUUUUCUAUUUAUUAAAUCAAUUGAUAUUAUUACAGAUGCAAUUUUAAUUUUGCAAUCACAACGGGCAUAAAUAUUUUAAAAAAUUUUUUUCUCGUUUUUCUGUUUCGAACUCGAUAAAAGAUCUGAAAAAAAGAAAAGAAAAAAAAAAGAAAAAAAGAGCACAAUUACACGUAAAUGAGAAAUAAAAAAAAAAAAAUGCGAAACGAAAGUCUGACGAAGCUCGUCGACGACUUUUAACACGGACACGGCAUUCGAGUCUAUUCUAAGCGUUUUCAAGCGUGUAUACACAUAUGUGCAGGGAUCUACGAGAAGAGAGAAUGGAAUAAUUUACAAUUAAUCCCUGUGAAGAUACGCAUCCAUGACGAAUAUAUGUGUGUCAAUCCACACAUGUACAGAUAUACAUAAGCCGCUAGUGAAUUUUCCUCGUAUUGUACAAUUGCUAGAUAAGAGUUAUUGCUAUUGUUUGUGCAACGAAUCGGGUCGGAUCUAAUUUUCGUUGAAUGAAAAAAAAAAAAAAAAAAAGAGAGAUAAAAAAUGUUUCAUAAAAAUAUAUUGCUACGCGUUUUAAUUUUUGGAAUGCGGGUGAAUAAUUUGAAUAAUUUUUUUUAUUAAUAUGUUUGCAUUAUUAUUUAACGCGUUUGGUGCCGUGGAAAAUAGAAAUCAUUUUGUAAUUAAAAAAAUUAAAAGUUAUAUAAUAUAAGUUUUUAAAAGAUUAUAUAAAAAAAAAAAAGAAAAAAUUGAUUAGUACUUCAAGAGUACUUAGAAAUAAGACUCAAUGGUAUUGAAAGAUACUUAAGUACUUGAACAAACUCAGUUUUAUGAAUAAUAGAAAAGAUUUAAAAAUAUUAUUAAUUCAGGAGAGAAUAUUAUUCAAAAAUAUUUAAAAUACACUCAGAAAUGAAGUAUUCAAGUGCACAAUCCAAAAUUUAAUAAUAUUAUAUCCCAUAAUAUUUAUAACUAAUAUUAAAAAAUAUUCAAAGUUAUUCAAAUACUCAAUAAUACUCAAUAAUAUAAAAAAAUAAAAGUAUCCAAAAAUUAUAUUCUUAAAUAUUUAAAAAUACUGAAAAAUAAUAUUCAAGUAUUUGUUAAAUCCAGGCCUCGCUUAGAAAUUAUUAUUCGAGAAUUUGAAAAUAUUCGAGAAACUUACUCAAUACAAAAAAUACUCAAUUACAAAAAUAUCAUUUUAUCAAUAUUCUUUAUAUUGUCACGUAUUUUUCUCAUGUUUCGUUGGAAUACUCAUAAAAUAUUCGAAAAAUCCUUUUUGCUAAAUAAAAAUGGAGUACGUGUGACCUGGACGGCACGUGACACGUUAAACUAAAACCAACAAGAUGUUCGUAUUUUCUAUUCGCUUCAAGGCAACCAGAAUUUGCACUUAUUUUCGUUAUCGUUCUCGUUUAUGUAGAACUACUAAUUACAUAAUCGGUACAAAUGUGUUUUCAAGAUGUGAAUGAUGCACGUCACGAUAACGAAAAUCAUUGUCUAAUAGAGGAAUGGCGGCUUAUUUUAGAAAAAUAAAUCUUUCACGUAUUGAAAUCGAAAAUAACAAAUACAAGAAGAAUAAAAAAAAAUGAAAAAAAUAUAGAAUGCCUUCCCUUGUAACAAAUUCAUUAUCUUCCACGGCACAAUUCCGCGAUAAAUAAAAUCUUAUUUUUGCAUUCAACACGUUCGAUUUAAAUUUCUCCAAUUAUCAGAGAUUUAAAGUCCAAAUUUUUUGUACACGCAUUCCAGAUAAAAUUCUUUAGCAAUUAUUGGAAAAAUUUUUUUGAUUGAGAACGUAUUCCAUUGUAAAUGCUUUAAUCCUCUGUAAUCGAAAUUCAAAAUGUCUAAUUGAUUAUAAUAUCUCUGUUGUCUAAUUGUAAUCUUUAUCGAAUUAUAUACUCUGAUUUUAUACUUCAUUAACUCUCUAUAAUAAUGCAUGAGAAUAAAAAUUUCAUUGAAUAAUAUUAAUACGUGAUCAAUAUUUUUUUUCAAAAUUUUUGAAUUGUUCGAACAUCAAAAUAAAAAAAAAAUUGGACUCAUGCAAUAAAAUAUUAUUAUAUAGUAGGAAAAUAAUGUAGCAGAAGAGACUUGAUGUGAUUUUGAAAAUGAUUAAGAAAAAGACUUUGAAAUUAUUAAUAAAAAUUUCAUAUGUGUACAGAUGUGUAUACACAAAUCAUAUAACAUUGCAGAGGGUUAAGCAUUCAACAAGCACGAGCGGAAAUUCCACGAGAUUUCAUAGAUUCCGUUCGAUCUGCGUCAGAUGAAAGAAAUGCAUAAUAAUAAUCAUCGGAUGGAACCGAUGGAAAAAUACCGAUUCUAAACCUUAAUGUCGAAUGUUUGGGUACAAAACGAUAUAUAAACUUGAUAGUCUUUUAUACUUGCAUAAAUUCACGGCUGAUCGACUUAGAGGUGUAGAGAUUUUUAAUAUUAAGUUAAAUUAAAUGUAUUGUAUAAAUAUAUGCGAUCGCGAGUGUUGUUCAUUUUUUUGUGUAAAAAAGAGAGAGAGAGAGAGAGAGAGAGAGAGAGAGAGAGAGAGAGAGAGAAACGAAGAGGAGAAAAGGAAAAUGAGAGAGGAGAGAAAGAUAGGAAUAGUUCUGAGAAAUGAUUCAGGAUUAUUAUUCGAACGGUGUAUAUUUUAAUAAUCUCGUCUCGACUCUGAGCUGUCGUGUGUUAAGAUAUUGUGACGAAAGUAACGCGGUACGUCUGUUUGUUCCUUUACUAAAAUAAGUACCGAUGCUAUAAUGUAUGUUUAGUUAUAGGUUAUCGUUAACACUUGUCUCUGUAGAUUUAGUAAGUAUUAUACGUGUCAAGAUGAUAGAUUUAUAAUAACGUGUAAUAAUGUCAACAAUAAAGUACUGUUAAGUAUAAAAGAUUUA